GAAGCCUUCGGUGCUGCCAGUUUGCCACGUAACAAGCUGCGCUUCAGUGCGCUGUCACAGGUAGAGACAGGGACCGGGAGCUUCUAGUCCUGUCUGCCGGAGGGGGUGCGAGACAUGGGGGGCUCGCAAAGCGUGGAAAUCCCUGGAGGAGGGACCGAAGGCUAUCACGUCCUGCGGGUACAAGAAAAUUCCCCUGGACACAGGGCCGGGCUGGAGCAGUUCUUUGAUUUCAUUGUUUCGAUUAACGAGAUAAGACUGAAUAAAGACAAUGACACCCUUAAGGACCUCCUGAAAGCCAACGUUGAGAAGCCUGUAAAGAUGGUGGUUUACAGCAGCAAGACGUUGGAGCUGAGGGAGACGACCGUGACCCCGAGCAAUAUGUGGGGAGGACAGGGCUUGCUGGGGGUCAGCAUACGCUUUUGCAGCUUUGAUGGAGCGAAUGAGAACGUGUGGCAUGUGCUGGAAGUGGAACCGAAUUCUCCGGCUGCUUUGGCUGGUCUGAGACCCCACACCGACUACAUCAUUGGAGCGGACACUGUAAUGAAUGAGUCGGAGGAUCUUUUCUCUCUCAUUGAAACUCACGAGGGGAAGCCGUUGAAACUUUAUGUUUACAACACGGACACAGACAACUGCAGAGAAGUUGUCAUAACGCCUAACUCUGCGUGGGGAGGAGAGGGCAGUCUAGGGUGCGGUAUUGGUUAUGGAUACCUACAUCGGAUACCAACACGGCCGUUUGAGGAGGGAAAGAAAAUCUCUUUGCCUAGUCAAGCUCCUGGGACACCCCUGAGUCCCCUAAAAGAUGGGUUUACGGAGGUGCAGUUGUCUUCUGUGAACUCUCCUCCUGCCGUACCGCUCGGAGCCUCCGGUAUAGAAGCCAGCCUUUCCGGACUCUCUCUCGGUUCCAACACACCUGCAGUCAGUAGUGCUCUUAAUUCAGGUUUACCGACAGUACCUGUAUUAACUCCCCAAAUUAAUCAUUCCCUCGCAUCUGUUCCUCUAAACCCAGCCGUUUCCCUCCCAGGUCUCAUGCCAUUAUCCACUGGACUCCCUAUGCUUACAAAUCUGCCUAAUAUUCCAAACCUUACACAAAAUGUUUUUAACUUGCCUCCCCUCGGCCCUUUGAAUCUUGCUGGGCUUCCACCGCUUUCAGUACCGUCUCACCUUCCCGCGUUUCCACUGGCACCUCUUCCUAGUGAAAUCAUCCAGUCGGCGCUGGACCACAUCCCCGCUCCCACCACAGAAAGCGCAACGGUCGCUGCCGAAGACCUAAGCCACGCGGCCCCUCCGGUCACAGAGAAAGUUACCGUCAGCAGCACAGAAACACACACUGCCGAAACGUCCUAGAGGGCAACCUUUUUGUACGGAUUGGCUUAAUGUAUUUAGCCACAGAAAGUGUUUGUUUCAGGAUACAAUCAAUCAUUCACUUCAUACUAGUUUGUACUUAAAUGUAGGAGACCUGUAAAUAAAUUAAGGUAGCUAUGAAGAUGAGGUCGCUGAAGGAUGUAGAAAGUGGAGAUGGGAAGACGCCGCAUUCUCAAAUGGUUGUAAAUUAUUUUAAAUACAGGGGAACUUCCAUCUGAAGUGGUCUUCAAUAAAGUUAGACGUGCACUCAACGUGUGUAUGGUUUAUGCUCCCUUUCAGCUUGUAAUUCUUUGUUAAAUGGCUUAAGCUCUUUCUAGCUUCGGACGGGCGAGCGAUGUGCUGCGAUCUGAUAGAUCAUUAAUACCGUGCACAGCUUUUACAGGGAGUAUCGGAGAAGUGAUGUUAUAGUUUAAUCCGGGGUAUAUGUACACAGCAAUAAAUGACUGGAAUUUUACACUA